CUGCCUCUCUCCACUCCUGCAGCCAUGCUCCAUUCACGCUGAAGACUUCCAUCAGUUGCGACGGUGACCCCGACCACAAACCGGCGGCUGUCGCUCCGAUCAGCCCAGAUAGGACACUUCAUCUCAGCCCCCUUCCUCGCCGGCCAGAACUCGCCAGCACCACCACCACACUCUGUGAUUUCUGGUAUUCACCAGGUUUGAUUUGAUUUUUUUCCUUAAUUCUUUCCCAAAUACAAAGGUAGGGUUUUAAUCGAAGACCAUUAGAAUUUUAUAAUCAGUUAGGAUUUACACAAAUUUUGCACUUGUAGGAUUUGGAUUUACAUUUGUCGAGGUAUCGGUUUUCAUUUGGAUAACAUAUUGGGGCUUUUAGGUUGACUGACUCAUUCGGAUAACGAGCUCAAGAAAUUGGAGAUGAAAAAUAUUGUUUCCGUGCGUCAUGGGGACACUCCCCCUGCCCCCAAGCUAUUUCCAUCCCAAAUCUUCUUCUCCACAGGACAACAAACAAUGCUGCCAAUGCUGCCUAGGUAUGCACCUCUUGUUCCUGUACUAUGGAAAUUUAUGAAGCAAUGCCACGAGAAUCAGAAGUGGUCAGCCUUGUCUGGGCAUUUAACAUAUCUGCCGGCAGAUGCACCUGGCUGGCUAUUACCUUUGACAGUUUUCUGCCCUGUAUAUAAGCAUAUGCUUAUGAUAGUUGUUAAUGGGGAGUUCGACGAGCAAGAGAAGCCACUGUCUUUAAAAGAUGUCAAAUGCUUGAUUGUUAUCUUAAGACAGGCCUUAUGGCAGCUCCUGUGGGUGAAUCCUGUUGCUUCCCCAAAUGUAUCCAAGUCUACUGCUAAUGUCUUUUCUCUUAAGAGGCACCCCCUUGAAUUUUUUCAGCAUAGAGUUAGUAUUGUAGCUUCCGAUCUUCUAUCACAGGAGACAAUGAACCACCUGCUCUACCCCAAUCCUGGAUCACUGAUGGUGCAUGAACAUCAUCUCCAGUAUUUUCAUUUCUUGGAACUGUUCUUGCAAAGGUAAGGAGAUGGAGUUGCUUUUUGGCAAUUUACCAAGAUGGAGUUGAAGACUUUUUGGUAGUUAAAUGGAACACUUGUUUUGAGUUCUUUUUGUCAUUGGACACACUAUGGCUAUGGAUGUUUUGUAGUUUCGGUAAUGCUGUUAAGUUUGAAGUGGUUAUUGUUGUAGGAUGAAUGUUUUGAAGGGGUGUAAAGUUGGAUGAUGAAUGUUGACUUAUUGGAUAUUUGAUUUGAAUGA